AAUCGCGAGAAGGUUCCCCACCACGUCCCAGCCAGCCGAGGAUUCACUUCAAGAAUCGCGCACAUUCCGCUUUUGAAAUUGUACAACCAACGCCUCCCGUGAAUAUACCGUGCUAGUGGUCGAAAGUGAAAAACACCCCGAGUGACAUGGCGUCUCUGAUCACAGUGCGAAUCAACAAGGGCGACUCGCCCAAUCUGGGCUUCAGGCUGCAGGGCGGGAAGGAUUUCGGUACGCCACUGGUCAUCCAGAAGGUAAAUGGGGGCUCCCCGGCAGAACGAGCAGGUCUCAUCGCUGGAGAUUCAGUAAUAAAAAUUAACAACACAGACGUUUUCAACUUGAGGCACAAGGACGCACAAGACGUAGUAGUAAGAGCAGGACACAAUUUCGAAAUUACUAUUCAAAGAGGAGGUUCGACGUGGAAGCCUUCAGUGAUUCCUACUGGCCAGUUUUCAACACCAACACCCAACAUAAACAACAUCAGUCCCGUUACGAGGACUUCUUUGGCUGCGCAAAAAACAGAGAAUAUCGGUGCCAUCGGUACAGGACACAAUCUAGCUGCUAAACCUUUCAGUCCACAGUUGAACGGUGCUGUUAAUGGUGGCCCAAAGUUAGUCAACAAGCAAUACAACUCCCCAGUGAAACUAUACUCGGAAGAAAGCAUAGCAGAAACACUUUCCGCACAAACUGAGGUGCUUUCUACUGGAGCACUAGGAGUUAAUUUCAAGAAAAACGAAAAGAACUACGAUGCCUCAAAUAGUGCAGUUCUCCGCAUGCUCAAAGAAUCAGAAAACGAACCAAAGACCCCCGAUGAAGAACCGGAGUCAGGAGUAGUAACGUCCCCGACCAUCGGCGUAGCAGGAUUAAGACGUGUCCAGGCUCCCGAAAAUCGACCUGUUCCAGCCAACCCGCAAUUACCUCCUGGCCAAAAUAUCUGUGCAGAUUGCGAACGUCUCAUUGUCCACGAUUUUUAUUCAACACAUAGCCACGCGAUCGGAGGUCGAAAGACCGUUCCAGCACAAAGUUACCCCCCAAUAAUUCACACCCGAUCUCCCAGCAGCCUACAGGGUGAACACCCGAAACAGAGUAACGCCUCAGAAGCAGUUACAGUGUGUACAGAUUGCGAAAGGGUCAUUGUUGGUGUGUUUGUCAGAAUCAAGGACAAAAAUCUGCACGUUGAGUGCUUUAAGUGCUCUACUUGCGGUUCAUCGCUGAAAAACGUUGGAUAUUACAACAUCAACAACAAGCUAUAUUGUGACAUACAUGCCAAGUCUGCAGCGCUCAAAAACAGCCCCAACCCUAAUUUAGUACCAAUCACCGUACCCCCUGGUGGAAAAGCACCUGUUCACGCAAUAUCUUCAGCUCUAUCCUCUCAUUCGUUACCAACACAAUCACCACUAUCACCAAAGAUAAAUAAUAACUUUGCCCCCAGUUACCAGGAGCAGGAAAAUAACGGGAAUGUAGAUGUUUCUUCGUCGGUGCCAGUUUUACCAAAGUCUAACUCAAACGAAGCUAGUAAUAAUAAUAGUGUGUUUAGUCCUUCAACUCCUCUUUCGUACAGAAAGUUUUUGAACAAGACGACGAACGUAUCUGGACCGAAACCGUUUUCUAGCGUCACUGCACCUAUUCCGACCUACAACACCCUACCAAAGGCAGCCCCCUUGUCUCCAGUAGCACCACCUCCAGCACCACAUUUCAAUAACUCGUACAACACCACUUCUUACAGCCCAAUUUCCACAACAGCUCGCGCUGUUGAUAACGUUGUUUGGCCCCCUCCUCAGGAAUCCCAAGACCUUCCAACUGCUUGUCCGAUAUUCUAUCCUCCACCCUCUCAAGUUGAACACAGCAUCCUCAACAAAAAAAUCGAGAAGGAGUCGGAGCUGAGAAUCGAUUGCUCAGAAAACUGCUUGGAGGUGCAGGAAAUCAACGCAAUGGCGCAGUUUCUCACAAAGUACCCCUACGAAUACUCCAGCGGGCGCAGGAGCACAACUGAGUGCAGAGAGACGAUAACGGAAACAUUGGAUACUCAAAAACUUGUUGAAGAUAUUGUCAAAACGAGGCAGCCUCCUCCUCUCGAUAAAGAUAUACCCUCAUUUACAGAGACUAGAACGGAGCAAAACCAGUAUGAAUCAUCAGUGGCGAGUUCUGAAGAUUUCUCCUCGGUUCAGCGUUUUGAAAAUACAGUUUAUUCCGGGAGAGAAAGUUGCGAGCUGAAGAGGCCUACACAGUAUAGCCCAAAUACACUGGAAGUUAAACCUAGUCGAGUCGAGAACGCUGUACCUCAAAAGUGGGAAUCUGUUCUUACCCAAGCCAUUCGGACGACAGCUCCAGAUGAAGACACUUUCGCUCAGAUUCCUACCAAAUUCUCGCAUACCCCCUUAGCUUCAGCGUUAUCAAUUGCUCCUUCUCAGCCAUUUCACCCUGCAACGGUCACAGAAGAACCGGUGCCACUUCCAGAGGAAACUGUGCCGUAUUUGCCACCUGAGCGACCAGUCCUACCAGUUAGAGAAGAAGAACUCAAACCCAAGCAAGAACGUCCAAAAAGCCAGUUCGUGAGAGCGCUCCAAACAGUUCCAGACUCUCCUAAAGACACCAUAGUUCCAGCAUCUCGAAAGAAGAAGAAAGAUUCUAGCGAAAAAUACUUCGAAGAGCUGCCAAAACCUCAGGAGAAGCUCUCUAUGCUGGCAGCUCUUACUACAGCUCCCGAUAGACCAUACUCACCUCUAGUAACAGAAAGUGUGGGCGUAAAAAACAAAUCUGAGACCAAAUCUGAGGUAAAUAUCGAUCGCUCUCAGUUGAACAGGCCCACAAAACCCGAUGUCCUGCCUGAAUCCUUCCAGGUGAACAAAAAAGACCCCAAACCUCCUAGUUACUACUCUCCUGCCAUCUUGUAUCAGAGAACGCAGGAAUCUGCUUGCGAAGAACAGUCGGAAGAGUCUGAUACCAGUAAAGUGAAGACAGUCCAAAGGGAAACAAUCCACAAUCCGGAAGUUACUCAAAUUGUCGUGGAUAACGGACAGCCUCCUCAACAAUUUCCUCCGCUGUUUCAGGGCUUCUCGUGCUCGUUCCAGAACAAGUCUGAACACUCACAAUUCUCGGUCUCGGUUAACACUACUCCUCCAGUUAUGUCACCAAUCCCCAAAACUCCCAGUGUAAAAACCAUUGAGAGUAAGCCUGGAUAUGUCCAGAAGGAAACCAUCACGGAAUCUGAACAUAAACGACAGCAAAAGACGAAAAAACAUGAGCAGACUAAAGAGAAAGAGACGAAAAAAGAAAUCCAGGCAGCCAAGCAAGCAGAGGAGAUAGUAGUCAAAAAAACGCAGCCUCCGGUGACACUGCACAAACCUCAAUACUUACCACAAUACCAAGUGGAACUGUCCGCUGAAGCUGAAGCGCAGCUGCAUCGAAUGGAAAAGAUGGAGCAAGCACAGGUACGACUAGAGCAGCAAAAGAUCAUCGCUCAGCAGCAGCAAGAGAUGGCCAAACCUAUGAUCAAAAUAGAAACCGUCAGUGAGGUACAGCCAGCUGUGCAAAUGUUCAAACCAAUCCCAGAAGAGAGACCACCCAGCCAGACUUUUUCACCACGGCCGGGGUCGAUAACUCCGAGUAUAAUCAAUAAACCUCCUCCCGUGUUGCCCUACUACCAGGCAAACUUAGUAGCUCAACCUAUGCGCCCCCUUUCAGCUACCCUUUUCGACCCUAAAAGUCCAGCAGUCUCGCGCUCACCCAGUCCCUGUCCAGGAAGAGGUAGGGAAGUUAGUCCCUCUCCCACUACUCUUGGUAACGUGAGGCCUGUCUCUCCUGCGCCUGGUCCGCCACCUAAUCCUCUACAGUCUCACAAGCCUCUGCCUAACCCACACGAUUCAAAAGUAGACCAGGCACGUGAUAGCUUGACGACGUACAUCCCUGAACAUAUGACCAAGCAAGAAAUGAUUGAGGCUCAUGGAGCAAAUUUAUACAGGAGCCAGCCAACGCAGAUGUACACGUCGAGAGUGCAGACUCAAAGUUACCCUGUCGAACAGCAGCGAGGAUUGAUCUGCAAGCAAGAGGUAUACGAUUCGAAGAAGAUGGACGUUUCUGAGUCUCACAAAGCUCAAAAGUACACAUCCCAAAGUCAGGACACUGUGAUGUCUACAGCUGUAGAGGAACAGAUUCGACAAGCCCACAUGGAGCAGCUGAGAAAGUCCCAGAGUGAGAGCUUGGAGAGAUCUGCGGACGGUCGCACACAAGUGCAGCGCAAGAAGGUAGUAACUGAAGAGUUUGAGCGGUCGCAGAAGGAGACUAACAUUCAAAUCGAAAAGAACGUCACCACUACGAAGAAGCUUCCCUUCUGUGGAGUGAAGGAUACUACUAUUGAAGCCUCUACAGUCAAAGGCCACAUGACAGACCCACACAAACUUUCCUACUCCUGCAAAAAAGUUACAGGGCAAGCUCGUGAAGAAACUAGCGCCAAAUCCUCAAUAAUUUCAAACUCUCAAGGUAGAGCUGCUACUGACGCUUCUGCUUCUAUAAAGCAUGUCUAUGCCCCCUCCACGAUAUCUCCCGUCAAGCACGUAGUGCCUCCUAGUUCCUCAAAGAAACCCAGUCAAAAUGUAAUUUCUCCCUCUGUUUCCCAAUCCGAUACAGGUGCAGGCAGCGGUCGUCAAACAGGAGGGGUCAGUGUUGCCCCAAAACGUGGCAGAGGCGUCUUGAACGCUGCUGCUCUAGCCGGGACUAGAAUUCCUCUGUGCGGGCAUUGUAACAUGCAGAUAAGAGGACCGUUCAUAACUGCAUUAGGAAAAAUCUGGUGCCCAAACCACUUCAUCUGCGCCACGCCAUCUUGUAGAAGGCCUCUUCAAGACCUUGGCUUCGUUGAAGAAAAAGGACAACUAUACUGCGAGUACUGCUUCGAACAGUAUCUCGCGCCGCAGUGUUCCAAGUGUAGCGGAAAAAUCAAAGGGGACUGCUUGAAAGCCAUCGGGAAAAACUUUCAUCCAGAAUGCUUCAAUUGUACAUACUGUGGAAAACUGUUUGGAAACUCUCCUUUCUUCUUGGAAGAUGGCAGUCCAUAUUGUGAAGCUGAUUGGAAUGAACUUUUCACUACCAAAUGCUUCGCUUGUGGAUUUCCAGUUGAAGCAGGUGACCGCUGGGUAGAAGCACUGAACAACAAUUAUCACAGUCAGUGCUUCAACUGUACGAUGUGCAAGAAAAAUCUCGAAGGACAGAGUUUCUUCGCGAAGGGAGGCCGCCCAUUCUGCAAAAAUCAUGCUCGUUGAGUAAACAACAUAAGUUACCACUAUCAUGUUACCUUAUCAACUGCGUUUAUUCCGAACACUCAGUCUGUAGAUAAGUUCCAUCGGAUCGACUAUUCGCAAUAUACGCAGUAACUGCUUCAUACUCGUUAAUAAUGUAAUCGAUUGCAGGCUUAUUUUAGUAAAUGAAUGUUAUAUUUUUCCGUCUCGUAACCGUUCUAACAUUAUUAGAUAGUUCUAAUGUAUCUUAUUUAUUUAUUAUAUGUAUAGAUGAAAGGAAACUAAUGCAGCAACCAAAAACAUAUUUAUUUUAUCUUUUAAAUUUCAUUAAUAGAUUAGGUUCGCUAUGGAGUUUUCUUGAAAUUGUUAAAUGUAGUUAUUUUGUUGAAAUCGCAGAAAGAAUGAGUGAUUUGUGCCAUUUUUGAAAUGUAGCUGGAUUGUUUUGCUAAACACGUUGUAUAAAUAAAUAUUUUAGUUGUA